ACCGGCCGGUUAGAGGGGUCUCGUUAUUUCCUAUAUAAAGCCAUAACCACAACCUCUCUUCUCUCAUAUUUUGCAUUCGCUUUCAAGCGUUUCUACUCUCUCCCUCUCUAGAGCCAACCUCUCUCUCUCUACACUAUUUGUUAGAUUCAAAAGCAGCUCUUAAUAGAUAUCCAAUGAUUGUUCAACUCCUUUGACCAACUUGUCAAGGGGCUCUUUUAUGUCUUUAAGGCUGAUAUUCUUUGAUAAGAAGAAAAUAGAUACUCAAGCAAUUAGAGAUUCUCGUGUGGAAGAUUCAGUUUGUAUGCAUAUACAUAUGAAAUGGGUUCCCGAGGAAGGCCAGUAUUUGAUCUUAAUGAACCCCCAACUGAGGAUGAUGAGAUUGAUCAUGCUGUAUGCCUGCAGCCACACAAGGCACUUCCUUCUGCAAAUUCCCACCCUUCUGACAUGUUUGUAGCAUCAAUGGGUCCCCAAGGAAUAAAAAACAACCAUGCCUUUUCACACGCAUCAUCUAUAUCCGGUUUUCAGCCUUUUAUUCGACCCAGGGUUGCUUUUUGCCCUGAAGUGGGUUUUGAACAGAAGAUGGCUGGGGAGCAGAAUCCCAAGUUAGCAUCACCAUCAAAAAGAAUUACUGAUGAUGAUAAGAAAGAAGCACAAUCUCUAGCUUCUGGUUCUGGAUCUGGUUCUGCAGAAAUUAAAGUUGUGGAAAGAGAGGAAGGUGAGUGGUCUGACGCAGAGGGCACUGCUAAUGUGUGUGCUGGCAAUAGUAUGCAUGAAAAGGGCAAAGCUUCUCAAUUUCAAGGAAUGUCUGAAGUAGAAGGUACUUCUGUUAUGGUUUCCAUGAAUGUUUCUAGCAGUGUUAAGGUUAUUGAUAACACUAAGGCUGAAAGCUGUGACCGUGUUUCACCUGGUCUGGAUCAAGGUCAGAAUGAUUAUAAAAAUAAUGGUAGUCGAAAUUCAAAUGGAAAUGCUAAUGAUGAUGUGUGUAUGGAUGGUCAGGAAGAAAUUGCCUCACUCUCAAAACAACGUGAAGUUAGAGGUAUUGAAGCAAGUCAUGCUCUUAAGUUUUCAACUAAUCCGGGGAAGAGGAAGAUAGACCAACACAAAGAAGCAAUGCUGGGUAAAAAGCGUAAUAGGCAGACCAUGUUGAUUAAUAUAGAUGAAGUCAAGCAAGCUGGAAUUAUGAAAAGUUCAACACCAAGAAGGCAGCCAAACGUCACGCGUACUGUGAAGGAGGUUCGUACUGUUCCUCAACCUGCUGAACGUUCUGGAGAAAGGCCUGGUCAUCCUUUAAAGGAUCAGAAACAAGCUGAUCUGCCAUGUAAUGAUGGUGGCUUUUCUGUGGAGUCUUGUCCACCCAAAUCUGAAAGUAAUGGUGAUAUAAAUUCUGCACAGCCAGCUAAGAAUAGGAAAGUGAAUGGUGACUCUGAUUUUUCUGUAGACACACACCUGCCACCUAUUCAGAAACAGAGUACAUGGAAACAGCCUGCUGAGAGUUCGUGGAAGCAUCCAGCUGAUUUAAGACAGCCAAAAAACUCACAAUUCUCUAACAGGAAGCCUGCUCUUAUCAACCAAGGUUCCAUGGAUUCAAAGUUGGGAAACAAGAAAUACCUUCCUGUGAAAAAGUCGACUGUAGCCAGUACACCCUAUCAGGACACAUCAGUGGAACGUCUUAUACGGGAGGUGACUAAUGAAAAAUUUUGGCAUCACCCAGAGGACUCUGAGCUCCAAUGUGUUCCGGGUCGCUUUGAGUCUGUGGAAGAAUAUGUAAGAGUAUUUGAGCCUCUUCUUUUUGAGGAAUGCCGAGCUCAACUUUACAGCACAUGGGAGGAGUCAGCUGAAACUAAUGCACACAUUAUGGUUCGUAUAAAGAGCAUUGAAAGGCGGGAAAGAGGAUGGUAUGAUGUCAUUGUUCUUCCAGCAAAUGAGUGCAAGUGGACAUUCAAGGAGGGUGAUGUUGCAGUUCUCUCAACUCCAAGGCCUGGAACAGCAGUAAGAUCCAAGAGGAACAACACCUCGUCAUCAAACGAAGAUGAUGAGGAGCCUGAUAUCAAUGGACGUGUGGCUGGUACUGUUAGAAGACACAUCCCUUUGGAUUCUCGUGAUCCUCCUGGUGCAAUCCUUCAUUUUUUUGUUGGGGACUCUUAUGAUCCUCACAGCAAGGUUGAUGAGGAUCAUAUUUUGAGGAAACUUCAACCCAGAGGCACCUGGUUUUUGACUGUCCUUGGUUCUCUUGCAACCACCCAGCGUGAGUAUGUUGCGCUGCAUGCAUUUUGCCGUCUCAAUUUACAGAUGCAAGCUGCAAUCCUAAAGCCCAGUUCAGAUCACUUCCCAAAAUAUGAGCAGCAGACCCCAGCCAUGCCUGAAUGCUUCACACAGAAUUUUGUUGACCAUUUGCGGAGGACAUUCAAUGGGCCACAGCUGGCUGCAAUCCAAUGGGCUGCCACACAUACUGCUGCUGGUACAAGUAGUGGGGUAACUAAGAGGCAAGAACCAUGGCCCUUUACUCUUGUACAAGGGCCUCCAGGGACAGGUAAGACGCAUACUGUCUGGGGAAUGCUAAAUGUCAUCCAUCUGGUUCAGUAUCAGCAUUACUAUACUUCUUUGCUUAAGAAACUGGCACCCCAGAGCUAUAAACAAGCCAACGAAAGCAAUUCUGACAAUAUUGCUUUGGGGUCAAUUGAUGAAGUUCUUCAUAACAUGGACCAGAAUCUCUUCCGCUCCCUUUCAAAACUCUGUCCAAAGCCCAGGAUGUUAGUUUGUGCUCCUUCUAAUGCUGCAACUGAUGAACUUCUUGCACGUGUUCUUGAUCGUGGAUUUAUUGAUGGUGAGAUGAAAGUUUACCGGCCUGAUGUGGCCAGAGUUGGGGUUGAUUCGCAAUCACGUGCUGCUCAGGCAGUUUCUGUUGAGCGGAGAACUGAGCAACUUUUAAUCAAGAGCCGUGAAGAAAUUUCAAAAUGGAUGCAAGAAUUAAAAGUACAGGAAGCUUAUUUCUCAGGACAAAUUGCUGAUCUUCAAAAUAAGCUUAAUUUUGCAGCCGUGGAUGGUCGUUCCCAAGGAUCUGUUGGUGUUGAUCCUGAUGUUCUUAUGGCUAGGGACCAAAACCGAGAUGCAUUACUUCAGAACCUCGCGGCUGUUGUUGAAAGCAGGGAUAAAGUUCUAGUUGAAAUCUCUCGCCUUCUCAUCUUAGAACCCAGGUUUCGUGCUGGUAGCAAUUUUAAUCUGGAAGAAGCCCGAGCUAGUCUCGAGGCAAGUUUUGCCAAUGAGGCUGAGAUUGUGUUCACUACCGUCUCAAGCAGUGGUCGCAAGUUGUUCUCUCGUCUUACUCAUGGUUUUGAUAUGGUAGUUAUUGACGAGGCUGCUCAAGCCAGCGAAGUUGCUGUUCUUCCUCCACUUGCACUUGGUGCUGCACGGUGUGUUCUUGUUGGCGAUCCUCAGCAACUUCCUGCAACAGUUAUCAGCAAGGCAGCUGGAACCUUGUUAUACAGUAGAAGCCUUUUCGAAAGGUUUCAGCAAGCUGGAUGCCCGACAAUGUUAUUAUCCGUGCAAUACAGGAUGCAUCCUCAAAUCCGAGAUUUCCCUUCGCGGUACUUUUACCAAGGACGUCUCACUGACAGUGAAAGUGUUGCAAAUUUACCUGAUGAGACAUACUACAAGGACCCUUUACUUAGACCUUAUCUAUUCUAUGAUGUUACUCAUGGGCGGGAGUCACAUAGAGGUGGAUCGGUAUCUUAUCAGAACAUACACGAAGCACAAUUCUGUCUUCAGUUGUAUGAGCAUCUUCAGAAAUCUUUAAAAUCCUUGGGCAUGGGGAGAAUCACGGUUGGCAUAAUCACUCCAUAUAAGCUGCAGUUAAAAUGCCUCCAACAAGAGUUUUCAGCUGUUUUAAAAUCUGAAGAAGGGAAAGAUAUCUAUAUUAAUACCGUCGAUGCUUUCCAAGGUCAGGAGCGUGAUGUCAUUAUCAUGUCUUGUGUCCGGGCCUCAAAUCAUGGUGUUGGUUUUGUAGCUGAUAUCCGCCGAAUGAAUGUUGCUCUUACACGCGCUAAAAGGGCUCUAUGGGUCAUGGGGAAUGCUACUUCUCUCGUGCAAUCAGAUGACUGGUCUGCGUUAGUUGCUGAUGCUAAAGCAAGGAAUUGUUACAUGAAUAUGGACUCCCUCCCCAAAGAUUUUUUUGUUUUGAAGGGGACCCUGGGCAAAGGUUCUUCCAAUGUAAGGGGUUUGAGGUUAGGUGGACCAAGACAUAGAUCUUUUGAUAUGCACAUGGAAUCCAGAUCAGGGACACCAUCAGAGGAUGAUGAGAAUUCAGGUGCAUCUGUGAUUUCCAGGAAUGGGAGUUUUGGUCCCUUUAAGCCACCAAUGGACAAUUCGUUAGAUGAUUUUGAUCAAUCUGGUGAUAGAUCAAGAGAUGCCUGGCAAUAUGGUAUACAGAAGAAGCAAGGUUCCUCUGCAGUUGUAGGAAAGAGAGGCUCCUAGAAGUGUUGGUAGGUGUCUGAAAUUUGUUUCAGAACUUUGGGGUAGCAUUGCCAUGUUAUAUUCCCCCAAAUUCGUGAUACUGUCUCCUAGCGCCAGAAAGGCCUUUUGAACCUUGGCUUGUCAUUUUGAUGCAUAUCUGCUAAACAUGAUUGGGACCUAGUUCCCAACUCAGGCUGCUUAUGCCAACUGCUUCUGCUGAACAAAACAUGAAACAAAAUGUUGUUGUGUGCCAAUGGCGAAUGUGUAAGUGGAUAAGUCAAGAUGGUUGCUUUUGCAGUAUAGAUCUGUUUGGUCGAAUUGAUUCCUCUGAUAUCUGCAAGGAGAUGGGGGUGCUUUUGGGUAGGUUGUGGCAGAUCAUACCCUUAACUGACCAGCUUCCAGGUUCAAAGGAAUCGGUUGGUGGCAACAAGGAGCUCUUUGCAUACCUGGUUACUAUGAGGUGCCUCUAGUUUGCAACGGAACCUGUGCAAAUUGAGGAAUGCUUAGAUGCCUUUUUAAUUGAUUUGGGGAGUUGGAAGGCUUCCAGUCAUGCACUCCCGUCUUGAAGCUCUAGGAUUGCAUCUCAUCGCCUUGGUUCUUUAUCAAUAUCAGUGGUUCGACAAAGAGUUUACAUUUUGAAGAUGCUGUGUACAUUAUUUGGGAGUGCAAAGUACUCUCUGAAGGGACUAAGAUACUGGAUGGUUAAGCCAAAGUCUUCUUUCUUCCUGUUCUUUCUUGAAGGGUAAGUAAAUAUAUGCCUGCAGCAGAUGGAGAAAAGAAGGAAAGUACAGGAUUUGUUUAACAAAAUUCCAAUACUAGAGGCAUUCAUGACUUCAACUGACUUUGCGCAUACAUCUUCAGCUGUGAAAUCGUAUGGUAUCUUGUUGUUUGUUAACAUAAAAGGAAAGUAGUCAAUUUUUUUAUAACAAUAAUUUUUCCUUUUAGUUUUCAUUUUUUAAUUAUGUGGAGCAAGUAAUUCUGCAGGUGCGCUCGACGCCACCCACAGUGCUUGCAAAUACUCCUUGAUUACUACAUGUUUAAAAGAAUAAAAAUAUAAAGUGCAUCCAAAGUUGAGAAAGAAA